UGCAUACAUGUGAGAUAAAGGUCUCUGAAACACAGUUUUUAAAUUUAACCCAUUUGGUACGUUUAGGCAAGCUUCAUAAAUCAGAGUAUAAUAUUUGAAAAAUGGAACCGAAAGAUGAGGAAAUCAUGAAACAGCAACGUGAAAUAGAAAAAGAGGUUUGUGAUUCGACACCUUUGGUCAGUGAAAAAAUAUCCCUAUCAUGUUUAAGAACAGAAUAUAUGGGCGACGACGUGUUUAGCGCUAAGAUUCAAGAUCUUUUGAAGAAGUAUAAGUUCAUCAGACGCACUCGUCCCGACGGCAAUUGCUUCUUUAGAGCCUUUGCAUAUUCAUAUUUGGAAUAUUUGAUUACGAAUUAUACUGCUUAUCAAGAGUUUCGAAAACUAGCGGAAUCAUCUAAAGAUAAACUUGUAGAGCUUGGUUUUCCGAGGUUCACGUUGGAAGAUUUUCAUGAAACUUUUAUGGAAGUUAUUAAGCGCGUAGAUCCAGAUUGUACUGGAGCUGAAGGAUCUGAAAAGCUUCAAAAUGAGCUACACCAAAUAUUUAAUGAGCAGGGUUAUUCUGAUUAUGUGGUGGUUUACCUGCGCCUUAUAACGUCGGGAAAACUACAAGAAGAGGCGGAAUUUUAUCAAAACUUUAUUGAAGGAAGCUUUACUAUAGAAGAGUUCCGUCACCAAGAAGUUGAACCUAUGUAUAAGGAAUCGGACCACAUCCACAUUAUAGCAUUAUGUACAGCUAUAGGGGCAGGAGUACGUGUUGAAUAUCUGGACAGAGGCGAAGGUAGUACCGUUAAGGCGCACGAUUUCCCUGAAGGUUCGGAGCCAAAAGUUUAUCUUAUUUAUAGACCAGGUCAUUACGACAUAUUGUAUCCUAACUGAAUUAGGACCUUAUAAUUAAGUGACGAAAAUCGUCCUUGCUAUAUUUUCAUAGCCGAGUACGUAAAUAUGUAUUUUAAUACAAAAAUAUAUUCUAUUAAAAGGUA